UUAACAUUUGGGUACUCUCCAAGAUUUUGCUAGGGAAUAUCACCCUGGGACGAGCAGGAAAAUGAAGCCUAUAAUUUGUGCAACAGCCCCUGGGACACAGCUUUAAUCCCUUCUACUCUUCUCCCAUCCUUUCCAAUUUUUCCUUUCCUUGACAUUCAACAAUGAUGUUCCUGCAGGGCUGAAGAAGCUGGCUCUGGUUCCUGGUUUAGUUACUAGCAAGGAAAAGAGGAUACCACUGAAUUAAGUGCAAUAUCUGCUGUUUUCCCACCAAGACCUCUCAUGAGGCAAAACCUGCACAGUAUUGACGAGAACAUAUGCCUUUUAAGGCUUUGGUGCUGAACCCCAUGGAUUUCAGCUGCCUUUCUCAGAGCUGUGGGGUGGGAGAAAUCAGAGGUUAGAGGGGUAAAGAUGAACAGAAAGAUCUUGAACUCUGCCUUUCUGCAAUUUAUAUAUAUACAUUUGGGUCAGGAAGCUUAGUAAGCAGUUUUAGAUACAUUUUUAUAUGCAAAAUGACGGUAUUAAGGUGUCUUUCUAUAUUUCAAGGGCUGUUUUCUCUUUCUUGCUAGAGAGAAACUGGGAAAAUGGUGCUGUGCCACCAGCAGCAUGGCAAACCCUGGUGGCUUUGUUGCCCUCUCUUGACCUCUUUCUUGUAAAGCUCAAAUGAAAGCACUUAACAAAGCCUUUCUUGCUUCAUCACAGCUGUGGUGGGAGGGAAGAGCAAUGACUCUUCCUGCUUAUGUUUCUGAAAACGACCUGGACUGGAAACCAAUUGAAAGGCAAUGGCAAAUGAGUGAUGCUGGCAAGAUGGGACAACAACAAUCUUUGAAAGUAAAGGCAUUUAAAGAGCAGGAAAAGGAAGGAAAAGCAUCGAUCCAGACUCUCAGCUAUGUCACCGCAGAUCAGAGAAACCUGCUGGGACCUUGCAAGGUCUUGGAGGCACCGGCAGUCUCCAGGGAUGCAUGAGCAUCUUUGAUCCAUAGCAUUCUCUGCAGGGUGUUAGUUUGAUGUCCCACCUUACCCAAAGGGCAAAGCUGAUGUCCCAGGGGUCAGGAGCAGCAGAAAUUUCUUCUGGAGUGAAUUGCACAUUUGAACCCUUAGGGUCACCCAAGAGUCCUCCCAAAGAGCUCUAUAGAUGCUGUCCUGAAGGGUGCUGAGGUCCUCCCCAAGCCCUGGCCAGGUCCCAUCACUCCUGAUAUCUCAGAAGGAUUUUCAGCCAGUGGUGGUCUCCCACCCCAGCUGUACCACAACCUCUCCUAGGUGCUAAGUAGGGUGUGAAACUCCUGUUCUAGCUGCUAUUGAGUCACCAAAUCCACAGGUCUCCACUGAUUCAAAGGACAGGCUUCGGAGACUGAAAAAACCAGCGCCUUUGGGAAAGGGUAAAAAUGGGAUGGGCAUCUCCAAUUCUCUUCCUCCCCACCUAACUGCUACUUCCCAGCACCGGCAGAGCAAUACAAGUAAAUACAUUGCCUAAAGCCCUCCUAGAAAGGGGCUGGAUCUCAGUUUAACCAAUGGCUUAGAAUCAGGAAGAGAAAUCUGUCUCCUUCCUGAUGAUUUGAAAGUGAAACAGGCUUAGGCACUUUCCAUGGCAGCCAGGAGGACUGUGGAGAGCCUCCGGGAUGAAGCCUCCUGCUCCAUCUGCCUGGAACUUUUCCAGGACCCCGUGUCCAUCCACUGUGGGCACAGCUUUUGCCGGGCGUGCAUCGCUCAGAACUGGAAAGGACUGACCACCAACUUCUCCUGCCCCCGGUGCAGGGAGAUGGUGCCCCAGGAGAGCAUCCGGCCCAACUGGGAGUUGGCCAGCAUCAUUGAAAUAACCAAGAGCUUGAACCUGCAACCGGUCGGAGAGGUGGAAGAAGGGGAGAACUUGUGCAAGGAGCAUGAGGAAGCCCUGAAGCUCUUCUGUGAAGAUGAGGAAAGGCUGAUCUGCGUGGUGUGCGACAAGUCCAAGGUGCACCGUAACCAUUCUGUGGUUCCCGUGGCCGAGGCUGCCAAGGAGUACAAGGAAAGAAUUCAGGCCCAACUGCAGCUUCUGAAAUUAGAGCACGAGGCGCUGCAAUCUUCCGUGAAGGCUAGAGAAGACGUUGUCCAGGACUACACUAAGAGGAUAGAAGCUGAAAAGCAGAAGAUUGUGACCGAAUAUGAGCAGCUGCACAAGUUCCUGGAGGAGCAGGAGUCCUUUCUGCUGGCUCAGCUGGAGAAGAUGGACACGGAGAUAAUGAAUGCACAUAAAGAAAUCCUCACCAGGCUUUUGGAGGAGACCACGAGCCUGGGCACUCUGAUCAAGGAGGUGGAGAAGAUAUGCCAGCAGCCAGACUGUGAACUCCUGAAGGACAUCAAAACCACCUUGAGCAGGUGCAAGAGGGAAACGUGGUCGCAGUCACUCAAUAUUUCCUCUGAGCUGGAAAAGAAAUUCUGUGAUUUCACAGAGAAAACCGAAGAUGUCAAGGAGUCUAUGGAGAAAUUUCAAGGCAUACUGGAGUUCAAACUUCCUUUAUUGACACAGGUGACGCUGGACCCAAACACGGCCAAAGCCAAGCUUUACCUCUCAGAAGACUGCAAGAUCGUGCGGUGGGGAAGGUAUGAGCAGAAGCUACCCUCCAGACCCGAGAGGUUCAAAUUCCAUCCCUGCGUGCUGGGCUCGAGGGGCUUCACGUCAGGUUGGCACUGUUGGGAGGUGGAGAUCAGCAAAGAAGGCACGUGGGCCAUUGGGGUGGCCAAGGAAUCGGUGCUGAGGGAGUCAGAUUUACCCCUGGUGCCCGAAGAGGACGUAUGGGCAGUGUAUCACAUCAGCAGUGGGUACAAGGCUCUGACCCAUCCCAGUGUCACCCCCUUGACCCUACGCAGUGUCCCCGAGCGGAUACGAAUCUGCUUGGACUGUCAGGAAGGGAGGGUGGUGUUUUUUGAUGCUGUGAGCAAGGCGCGGAUCUUUGCUUUUCGGCAGGCUUCUUUCAAAGGGGAGGUGGUCUACCCAUGGUUCCUGGUGAAGGGGAGUGCUUGCUUCAAACUUCUUUAAACUUUUUUCCUGUCCUGGUUUUGGCUGGGAUAGAGUUAAUUUUCUUCUUAGUAGCUGGUACAGUGUGUUCUGGAUUUAGUGUGAGAAUAAUGUUGGUAACACACUGAUGUUUUAGUUGUUGCCAAGUAGUGCGUAUCCUAAGUCAAGGAUUUUUCAGUUACCUGUGCUCUGCCAGCAAGCAGGUGUACAAGAAGCUGGGAGGGACCGUGGCCAGGACAGCUGACCCGAACUAGCCAAAGGGACAUUUUUACUAUAGAAUCUCAUGCUCAGUAUAUAACCUGGGGGGAGUUGGCCAGGAGGGGUGGAUUGCUGCUCGGGCAUUGGUCAGCGGGUGGUGAGCAAUUGCACUGUGCAUCACUUGUCUUUUCUUGGGUUUUCUUUCUUUUUUUUUUUUUUUUAAUUAUCUUCCUUUUAAUUACUAUUAUUAUAUUUUAUUAUUAUUCUUGUUAGUAUUUUAUUUUACUUCAGCCAUUAAAUCGUUCUUAUCUCAA